AUGACCUGGUCGUCAACCCUACAAAAACUAACCAAGUUGGAUUUGGGCACCGAAACGAAGAUGUACCACAGAUACCAGGCGUCACCUUGGAAAGCCAAUCAAGAGAUCGUGACAUCGCCCCCCCCCCCACCCCCCCCCCCCCCCACCCCCCCCCCCCCCCACCCCCCCCCCCCCCCACCCCCCCCCCCCCCCACCCCCCCCCCCCCCCACCCCCCCCCCCCACACCCCCCCCCCCCCCCACCCCCCCCCCCCAACCACCCCCCCCCCCCCCCACCACCCCCACCCCCCCCCACCCCCCCACCACCAACACCCAACCCCCCCCCCCCCCCCACCCCCCCCCCCCCACACCCCCCCCCCCCCCCACCCCCCCCCCCCCCCCCCCCCCCCCCACCCCCACCCAACCCCCCCCCCCCCCCCCCCACCCCACCCCCCAACCCCCCCCCCCCCCCCCCCCCCCCCCCAACCCCCCCAACAAAAACCCCACCCCCCCCCCCCACCCCACCACCCCCCAACCCACCCCAAAACCCCCCCACCCCCCCCCCCCCCACACCACCCCCCCCACCACCCCCCCCCACCAACCCCCCCCCCCCACCCACACCCCCCACCCCACCCCCCCCCACACCCCCCCCCCCCCCCCCACACCCCCACACCAACCCCCCCCCCCCACCCACCCAACCCCCCCCCCCCCCCCCCCCCCCCCCCCCCCCACCCAACCCCCCCCCCCCCCCACCCCCCCCCCCCCCCCCCCCCCCCCCCCCCAACCCCCCCCCACCCCCCCCCCCCCCCCCCACCCCCCCCCCCCCACCCACCCCCCCCCAACCCCCACCACCCCCAAAACCACCCCCCCCCCACCCCCCCCCCCCCCCACCCCCAACCCCCCCCCCCCCCCCCCACCCAACCCCACCCCCCCCCCCCCCCCCCCAACAACACCCCCCCCCACCCCCACCCCCACCCCCCCCACCCCCACCCCCCCCCCCCCCCACAAACCCCCCCCCCCCACCCCCCCCCCCCCCCCCCCCCCCCCCCCCCACCCACCCACCCCCCCCCCCCCCCACCCCCCCACCCCCCCCACCCCCCCCCAACACCCACACCCCCCCCCAACCCCCACCCCCCACACCACACCCCCACCCCCCCCCCCACCCCCCCCCACCCCCCCCCCCCCCCCCCACCCACCCCCCCCCCCACCCCCCCCCACCCCCCCCCCCCCCCACAACCAACCAACCACCCCCACCCCACCCCCCCCCCCCACCCCCCACAACCCCCCCCCACCCCCCCCCCCCCAAACAAACACCCCCCCCACCACAACCCACCCACCACCCC